AUGACCCCAGAGCAGAUCAAAGAAUUUGGUCAAGAACGCUGGGUCGCUGGGUAUCUGCGGCAGCUACGAAAUCUGGAACCUCCCGAAGAAGGCUUUAUUGGAUCCGUAUCGCUUGGUUCUUCGAUGGACGACAGACUGGGCCACAACCGCUUCGGCCCAUUCCACAAAGUGGCAGACUUCCACGAUUAUUUACGCUUCGGAGGACCUCUUGAAACUUGGAACUAUGAUCCGGUGUAUUGGGAGUAUACCAAGAUGUACUUCGCCGAGUUCUCCUUUUAUCAAACAUUUUUUGCCGCUGUCGUGGGCGAGCCGGGCAUUGAAAAGUAUCCCAAGGAACUUCGGGCGGAGCGCGAUAUCUGGAGGGUUGUGAAUCCCUGGCAAUACGACGACUUUUACGGCAAACCAUUGAUCCAUGGGGGGCGUCUACAGGGUGGUGGAAGCUUGUGUAAUGAUGAGGGUACUUGGGCGGGGGGAAACUGA